AGAUGCUUGACACGCUGUGAUAUUGUCCUAUGAGUGCGACAUGUUUCUAUGACACCAACUUUACCCGGCGGGCUGCUGCACCAAAUCGGGUUUCACAUCUUCAUUUGGGAAGAAAUGACUACAGUCAGGCAAGAAGGUAAAGACAAAAUAAUCUUUGUCACCAAAGAGGAUCAUGCAACACCCAGCAACGCUGAGCUUGUUGAGGAAAACCCCGAUGAUCCCUAUGAGGAGCGAGGCUUGAUUCUUCCCAAUGGGGACAUUAACUGGAACUGCCUCUGUUUGGGCGGGAUGGCCAGUGGUCCCUGUGGGACCGAGUUUAAGGAGGCCUUCUCCUGUUUCCACUACAGUAAAGAAGAGGUGAAGGGCUCAGAGUGCCUAGAUCAGUUCAGAACAAUGCAAGAGUGCAUGCAGCGCUAUCCAGAACUCUACCCUCAAGAAGAAGACGAUGUCCCAGAAGAAAACACAUCUAAAGCAGAACCGACCACAGAAGACGCUACCGCUACUGAUUCCAAGUCCAUAUUUGACUCUGUUCAGGCAUCAGACAGCACACAAGCAAGUGUAGGGAGUCCACUAGAAAGCUAGUAACUGCUAUCAGUGUGAGAAAGUCAAAACUUAUUGUUCUUUAAGAUGAGCCAUGAUGUGCUAGUGUUACUCCGUUGCAUUUUUUGUCUGAAAACCAAUGUUUCUAAAAGACUUUAGCUGGGCGCACAAGAAACUCAAGAAACGGAGAACAAAUGUUUAUUUAUGCUGACGCUUUCAUCUCCGUUCUUUGGUGGAUACUAACUCUCACUGGUGUGUCAGUUGCAUUUCAUAUAUAAUGGACGUUACACACAUUUUUAUGUACUGUGCUGCGUAGAGCGAAUGAAUGAAGACAUUUAAGAAUUGAGCUUUCCAGGGUGUUAGUGUGGGGCCAAGCCUUCUGCUAAGCGGACUCAAAGCAUUUACCUCAACUGUUCCAAUGGCUUUCAAAUCACUGAACCUGUUAAAAUAAAUACUGAUGAAUAAUUUGUGAUAAAAUUGAUCAUUGACUACAUUGA